AUGUCUCUGACCUCCACACCGUUUAGUACUGAUGAUGAGCGUUACAGCGGAUAUACUAACUCAGCGGUGAGUGUGCUGCGUCCUGUUUAUUGUAUUUAUAUAAAAUAUCAGAUUGUACUACAAAAAAGGUAAAAUUCCAGACCUCCCCCAAACAGUUAGUUCAAGAAGUAUCACUAUCUUACUCUUCUCCAUAUACUUCCACCGUGAAACGAUCCAGACAUUAUGAUCUUCCACCAAGUCAUUCACCGUAUUUGCUUGAAUCAGAAUACGACAAGAAUGGUUCGUGCCUCAGAAACUCUUUUUGUAGAAAUUGGUUAAACAAUGAGUAAUAUAGAAACACCUCCGCACUGGAGUUAGCCAAAUAUAGAAGUGCCUCUUGUGAGAAAGAGAGCCAGUUUUUAUUUCUUUUUUCUCAGACUCCCACUUCAGUCCUUUAACUUUCAACACUUUUAGAAGAGCUUCAUUCACACACUUGUAGCUACGAUUCACGUUUGUCCCAAGGUGUCGGUUCUGCCGCUAACAAAUUUUAUUCAGUGGAGCGACUUUUGAAUUCUGGAAAAAUUGAGACAGAGUUUCCAGGUAAGUCCCAGUUUUCAGAGAAGGUGGUAGAUGCAAAAACGUUUUUAGCAAAAGUUUCGCCUACUGAAUCGGUUCCCUAUUUCUCUGCUCAGUCCGCAAUCAAAGCAGGAAGAAUCACUCCCGUUACCACUCCGAGAGCUACUCCGACAUUCGAUCAAGCUUCGACCGUUCGCCUUAAUAGUGCUCUUUCCCAAAAUACCAUUGUUUCCGAAAGCACCACAUUUGAAGAAUUGACAACUAUAACUACUUCCAAGUCAGUUUUAUUUGCAAAAACGAGUGAAAGAAUGUGAAAUCCUAUCUGCCUUUCCUCCCAAAUCCCAAUUAGUAAAGGAGAUAAUGGUAGUAGCGGUGAAAACCGAUUAUAUCUCUAACUAAAGUCUGCAUGUCUUGUUUGUUUUGGCCUAGAUUCUGGCACCAGUUUCCCAUUUUCACCAUCGCAUGGUUUUUUUGUUGAUUUUUCAACCAAACGUUUUUCAGUAGCCGCACAACUAGAAAAAAAGAAAUCAAGACAGAAGAAAUGCCAACGGUGAACGCCCUUACCAAACAAUUUGAGGCCACCACUCAACAGGAGAGAGUUGUACCGUUGCGCCCAAGAAACCAAUCCAGUACACACCAAAACCAGCGGGAGAAAUCAAAAUCACGCGUGAUUGUGAUUGACAAAACAGAAAGUAUGUACUUACUAGUUAUUCGUGUCUAGAUAUUACAAAACGGUUGUCAAUAACAAUAAAAAACCAAGCAAGUUCAGAGUAUUCAAACUCGACCCAGCCAGCGGUUGUUUACUCCCCGGGAGGUAUUUUGACGACCACUAUUGUUGACAUUGAACCCGCGCGUUUCGGAAGGCACACAGAGGAAUACAAAGUACUGAAUUUAACUCGUCUGUUUUUCAAACUUUUUUUCAAUUCCAGCUUCAAGAAGAAUAUAUCGUUAAACGCUAUGACAGAAAUUCUCCAAAUUCACGAGAUUAUAAUAACUCUAGAGAAGUUCGUGCUUAUGCAGAAGAAGACAGGGAGCGACAAGAUUAUGUAAGCAGCAAAAACACUUGAAAAAUAAUAUAUUUUGUAGUAUCGCAAGAAUUACACAAGAAAUGGGAACUCGCCAGAUAAUCGCGAGAAUAUCGAAUCACCAAUUGACACAUCUCCAAUCGAUGUAGUUCGAAAUGUUAUCGACCAGUUCGAAACAAAGAUUGGAGGUUUCUUUAAAGUUUUUAUUUUCAAAAUGUUUCUUUUUUCAGGAACCACUCGUUCCUAUUCUAGUGAACAACACCGGUCCAUUUCAAGAAUUGACAUGAACGAUAACAAAUCGAACUUGCAAGAGGUUUUUUCUCGUUCUCAAUUUCAAGUUAAAAGAUCUUUCACAGAAAAUAAUUGUUCAUCAAAAGAACGAAUCAGAACCUGGCAAGCAUGUGGAACGAAUUAUCCCAAUAUCUUCUUUUCCUGCGACUCAAUCUGGACUUGUACAAAAUUAUGAAGAAAUCAAGACUGUUAUUAUGAAACACACGCCGUCUGAACCGCUUCCUGUUACUCCACUCCCUAUCCCCAACACCCAAGAAGAGUAUGUUCCGGAAGAAACUAUUGCCUCACCGCCGCCCGUUGCAACGCCUUCUCCGACGCUAGAUAUUGCAGAAGAAAUUUUGAAAACCGACGUCAUUCUCCAGGUUCUUACAACCAAGCCAACUGUGGUUGAGCACUCUCGCUCGACAAUGACACAAGCGUCGAAGGGCACUGAUAAGCACCCAAAAAAAGUGGAGUACGUCAUCAGCGAAAAUAUGGAAAGACAUCAUGAUCUCGUAACCGAGGAAAGUAGUCCAGCUACGGAAAAUCAAACUGAACAUGAAGUUACCGCCAGAACAAGAGACGAUGAUUAUCUGCAGAACUUCUUUGAUAGAGACUAUCAGAUUAAAACUUAUGAAGAGUUGUUAACUACCACAAGAAGAAGAGCUAGAUCUCAGCAGCCUGAAAGAGUUUGAAUCUUGUUCAAAAUUUUAAAGAAAAUCAAAGUUUUAGCAAUCGCCAGCUUCAUACUCUUCAAUGUCGGAUAGAUCAAGAACUAUCGAUAGAUGUUACGGCCGAAAUGCGUUUGGAAGUGGUCUAUCAAGAACGUAUUCCGAAGGUUUGCUCACUUUCUUCGAAAUGACUUCACAAGUAAUUCGUUUCCUUUUCUCAACUAUUUCGAGUUAAUUCAUUUGCCGUGCCGCGUAGCAUUUCAUUCCGAUUGUUAACUGAUAAGCGUGUUAAACCGGGAAAAAACUAUGGAGCCAACUGAUUAUCAAUGGCAUUUGAGGGCGGAGUUUGGCGGUUGGUUCAAAAUGCGUAUAAAAUAGAUAAUCAGCUCUGACUUUUCACUCUUUUGUCAUCGUUAGCAAGAGAAAUGUCGACAUACAGUGCGCAAACGCUUCACUACAACACCUAUUCUUCUGCUUCUCAAGGUCGUGGACUUGCUAGCGGAGCCUAUGUCACCGGAGGGCUCAUCAGCGGAAAUCUGGUCAGCGGCAUGUCGUCGGCCGGAGCUAUCUGCACUUCGCAUAUCCGCGACGCUCGUGAGCGCGAAAAGAGAGAGAUUGGUCUGCUGAACGACCGUCUUGCCGACUACAUUGAGAAAGUACGUUUUAUCAAUUUUUUGAAUACACUUGUAGAUAAAAGGUUUAGGUUCGUUUCCUGGAAGCUCAAAACCAAUGUCUGAGCCAUGACAUUGACAUUCUACGCAAAGGAUUUAGCGGCGGUGGUCACGUUUCAGCUCUUUUUGACUCGGAAAUCAGCGUAAGUUUUUCUCUCUGUUUUCUUUGAUCACGACAAUUUCUUAUCAGUUGCUUGCUCAUUAACCGUCUUUUAUGAUUUCCUUCAAUAAAAUUUUUUCCAGCAAGCCAAACGAAUUCUUGAGCAAACCAUCGCCUCCCGUGCUACAUUCGAAAGAGAUAUUGCUGGACUUUCCGCUGAUAUUGACGUCUUUAGAAAGAAGUGGCUUGAUGCCAUUUCUGCCGUAAAGGCACAUCGCGAGGAUCAUGACGUGGACUUGGACAGACUUGCCAAACUCGAAGCUGAGAUUUCGCUCUUCAAAAGAAAAAUUCGUAUUGUUGAGGAAGACGUCAUCAGAAUUCGCCGCGAAAACGACGGAAUUGCCAACGAAAUCGCCAGAAUUCGCCAACUAACCUUCACAGAGGUUGCUUUGAAAAACGAGCGCAGUUUGAAUGUCCAAGACCUUCUCCAACGCAUCAAGCUUCUUCAAACCGAGAACUCAUCCAGAAUCGAGCAAGAACUAGUUUUCAUCCGCCGUGACACCACUGCCGAGAAUCGUGACUACUUUAGACAUGAGCUCCAGGCUGCUAUCCGUGACAUUCGUGCUAACUAUGAAGAGGUAAACCUAGUGGAUGCUGAACAUUUUUCUUAUUUUUAUUUAUUUAGAUCAGUCUCCGCAAUCGUAACGACAUCGAAGUCUGGUACCGCGAACAGAUCAGAAAAAUUCAAUCCGACGCCGGACGCGUCAACGUAGACUUGUACAGAGAGGAACUCGCUACCAUUCGGUCCACCGUAUUGAACGUCAAGAGCAGACUGGCGGAAGUUGAAAGCAGAGUGAGAAUUCGUAGAUGCGAAAGUAAGCAUCUUUCAACUAAUGUUUCAGAACUUCUUCCUUGAGAAGCAUAUUGCCGACCUUCGACAGUCAGAAGAGGCCAAGUUCUUUGAGAUAAGCUUGGCAGAGAAGGACGCUCAAAUAGCUAGACUUCGGGAUCAAUGCACAGAGCUCAGCAUUCAAAUGGAGAAGCUUUGCGACAAUGAAAUUGUGAGCACAUUGAAAAGUGUAGUAUUUAAUUCAUAUCUCUAAAUUCCAGUCCCUCCGAGCAGAGAUUGAAAGAUACCGAGUGCUACUGAAUGGAGCGAAUGUGACAACAUACGUUUCCAACACCUCAGUCCCUGCUGGUCACUACUCCAGUUCUACCAGAGUCGUCUCCCAAACCACAAGAACUCAUAGCAGUAGCAACACAAGUUACACCGGUGUCCCUGCCUCCCGAAGCGGUGGAAUCACAAUUGGUGGUAACAUCGGAGGAAUCUCGGUUGGGGGAACCAUCGGAGCAACCAGUGCUACUGCCCAUGCGACCACCGGCGCCGCAGGAAGCGGUACGUACCAGCAACGCUACACCUACACCCCGCCAAACCAAUAAAAAAGAAAGUGAUGCUUCCUUUCUUUUUCGUCACUUCCUGCUUUCUUUUUUAAUUGUUGCCUUCGUAUCCAAUCCCGUGUCUUACUUUCGUUCUUGAGCAGAUCUUGAUUAGUUAGCAGAUAUCUGUCAUAAGUCUCCUCGUGUGUGUAUUGUUUUGCUUUGCGCUAGCCUCGAUAUCUGCUAAAGUGUUGUUUCAUACAAUACCAUUAACUGUUCACGGUUUUUUAUUCACUAAAUAACCGUGAAUGGUGAUAGCAGAUAUACUUUUACAGCUCUACACAAUACACUCUAAAAGACUUUUCCGCUUGCAAUGUAUGUCAUCUAUAGCGUUCAUUUCUGCUCUCUUAUUUUCUUAAUCCGCUCAUAUGAUUGAUUGUAAUCAUUCUUUUUACAUUAAUAAACGCUGCUAAUCAAGAUCCGCACAGCAAAAGAGAAAAACCGACACGGAUAUUGUUGACGUAACAAUUUUUAAUCAAUCUUUUUCAGUGCCACGUCCGGAAAGAAUUCACGAUGAAACUGGCACCGAUUAUUCUGGACGUAACUUCCAUCGCUGGUACCUCGGAACUAUUUCUGUUAAUGUAAAGCAAAAAAAGUCAUUUCCAAAAAAUGCACGUUGCGAGUUUUUCAGCAAGUCACUCCAGAUUUCAUUGAACUGAAAAAUAUCUGCAAGAUUCGGAAAGUCGAUGUCGGUGGAUUCAGAGUUGAGCAAACACGUGGUGGAAGUGUGUUGGGAUCCACUACUAUCAAUGUCCCUCUUAUUCUUGAACCGCAAGAAAUUCUGAGAGUAAGGCGCCUGAUUUUUAAGUAGUAUACGCAGUUUUUUGCAAUUCCAGAUCAAUUCCAGUCCCGGAAAGCAUAUUGGACAGUUCUUCAUGGACGUUGAACAAUUUGACAUUUCGACCUCGGCGCGCACAUCUCUCUACAAUUACAGCGAGCCUGAUCAGGUAUUGGUAUAAAAUAUUUCGAGUUAAUAUUUUUUUUAUUUUUAGGAACGCGGAUGGUUCGUUUUUCUUAACUAG